AACCUGUACAAACUGCGGAGGGGUGUGGGAAGGAAACCUUGCAUUUUUGGAACAAGUUCUUUAUUUUAUGAACUAACUGUCAUUCAGAUGUUUCCAGGAGAAUUACAAAGCAAUUGUGCAGGACACUGAUCCUGCGGUAUAGCUGUGACCAAGCGAGGCUGCCUGUGCAUGAGAGAGAGAACAGAGUAGAAGUGUUCCCUUGGGCAGCUGUGACAUCCACUCUUUUUUUCCCAAGGCAACGCUGGCUGUACAGAGCAUGUGUAAGGAGCUGCCAGCAGUUGGAGACUUUUGGCAAUGAGAGAGAGAAAGAGGAGGGAGGGUAAGGAGGGGUGGUGGCAACAAGCAUCAGACAGAAUCUUGACUAAAGUAGUGAGUAAAGUGUUUCGACUAUGGAAUGACGCACAUUGUGCCUUGAAGCAGAAAUGCGGAAGAAUUAAAGGCCUCUCACAAGGGUCAACAUCUCCCUGUGACAAACAAGCAGCAGAGAACACAGCAGAAAGCCAUGCAUUUGUGGGGAAGUGCUUUUGUGUCACCCUCUCUGUUUUUUUGCUCUGUGAGCGGUUAAAGCUGAAGUGGCUCGUUUAGAGCGAUAGCAGCCAGGAAAAUCAGAAGAAACAUUGGCAGAUCUUCACCGUGUUGUUUGGAUGCUGAGAGAUCUCAAGAAAGGGAAUGAGUCCACCCUUGAGUGAGCUGUUGCUUCUCACGUUUGUUUUAAGCAUUUCUCCUGGUAAAUAUUACUUAAACAGCUGAUGUUUUGCUCCAGACUGCCUGAGGAUAUGAGCCUGCAUGUCUCUUAUCUCGCUUUACAACACAACCACUUUCCUGCCACAGAGCCUCUCACUCUCUCCUGACAGCAGAUGAUAAUUAGUAUAUGCAGGAUUUUCUCUGAGCCUCUGGACUUGGCAUUUUGCACCUGGGACCCUCUGAUAGGGGUGUAAAAAUAGGGGGCUGCAGAAAGAGCUUUCUCGUAACUGAGGACAAGGCAAUUCAUCAUAAAAGUGCAACCUUCAAAUUGAGCUGGGAUGCUUUAAGCACCGAGAAGUUUCAGGGGUUUGGUUGCAUACAUGUCAUUAUCCACAGGAGCUGAUUAUGUCCAGUGAUCGAUUCGACAACACAACAGUGAAGGAUGCUGGAUUAAAAGAUCUGUUUCUGGUAAAAGCUGAACUGGAGUUUGUCCAGAUCAUCAUCAUAAUUGUGGUAAUAACAGUAAUGGUGGUAGUGAUUAUCUGCCUUCUUAAUCACUACAAACUCUCUUCGUGGUCCUUCAUUAACCGGCAAAGCCAAAGUAGAAGACGGGAAGAAGUCUUGCAGCCGGAAGCCUGUUUGUGGCCAUCAGACAACUCGGUGGUGAGACAAGAAGCAUCGGAGAUCAUGUAUGCACCAAGGUCAAGGGACAGGUUCAUCACUCCUUCCUUUAUGCAGAGAGAUCGUUUCAGCCGUUUCCAGCCAACAUAUCCUUACAUACAGCAUGAAAUUGACCUCCCUCCGACAAUCGCCCUCUCUGAUGGAGAGGAACCUCCGCCCUACCAGGGGCCAUGCACUCUGCAGUUACGGGACCCAGAGCAACAGAUGGAGCUCAAUCGAGAAUCUGUCAGGGCACCCCCAAACAGAACCAUUUUUGACAGCGACUUAAUAGAUAUUUCAGUGUAUAAUGGGGGGCCUUGCCCACCAAGCAGCAAUUCAGGCAUCAGUGCAACCAAUUAUAGCAGCAAUGGCAGAAUGGAAGGUCCACCACCGACUUACAAUGAAGUCAUGGGACAUUAUCCAGGGUCGUCUUAUUUCCACCACCAGCAAAACAACACUUCUCCCUUGUCUCAAAGAGGCAGCAGGCUUCACUUUCAACAGACCAGUUCAGAGAGCACAAAAGUCCCCAUCAAUGGAAAAGACAGGCAACCAGGAAACCUUGUCUAAGUCCUACAUGCCCUUAGUCUGAAUGAAAUCAUCAGAGCUACAUGAUGGCCCCAUGGGAUCUGGUACACAGAGCUGCGGAGUAUCCAGUGGUACAGUUUAGUUAUACCAAAUGCACACACUUUACUGUAUACACACUCUCUGAGACAACUCACUCAAGCUUCCUUUUUUCCUAAAUCGCCUAAAGCCAUUGUUAUCAGGAAGAAUCUAUUUGCUAUUAAAUUUACAUUUUGGAAACAGCACAGAAAACUAGCCAGCAGAGCGACUAACGGCAUUGACAAAUAAGCGUUACAAUGCUCAUUUGGCCAGGCUAAGGACUUUGGCAGAUGGCCAGUGUUUUUUUGAUCAUUUUUUUUUUACUUUCAGGGAAAAUGUAAGGGAAGUGUUAAUUAUUUUAUAGGAAUCCAUAUUUGGAGUGCGUGCGCCAAGAUCAACUGGACUAAGUUUAAUGCAAGGAGUGGACUGAUGAAUGAAAUAGUGAAUCUGUUGCACUAAAUGAUUGUGGAGAGUAUAAAUGUCA